UGCGCAUGUGCGAGGGUAAAUAAGCAUGGCGGCGCUCUGUGAACUGUGACAGAGCUAGUACAGUAAGGAAUCUGUGGAAAGUCGAAACAUUAAAAAUAAGAACGAACAUAUAUUUUUUUUUUUUCCAGGCAUAGGAAAAAGAAGGGUAUCUUGUCAACAUGGGCAAAAGGGAUAGAAGCGACAGAGAGAAAAAGAGAUUAAAGAAGCGCUGCCAGGAUGACGACGACGAUGAUGAGGAUGAAGCCAUGGGGAGUGAAUCGCAGGAAGCUAUACCUGCGGCAGCAGGGAAGCAGGUGGAUGAAGCGGCAAUCAAAAUAGACGAGUAUGGAGCCAAAGACUACAGACUGCAAAUGCUCUUAAAAAAUGACCAUUCCUCUCGGCCUCUCUGGGUGGCUCCGGAUGGCCACAUUUUCCUGGAAGCUUUCUCUCCAGUGUACAAAUAUGCUCAAGACUUCCUGGUGGCCAUAGCAGAGCCGGUGUGUCGUCCCUCCCACGCCCACGAGUACAAGCUGACUGCCUACUCCCUGUACGCUGCAGUGAGUGUGGGACUACAGACCACCGACAUCAUAGAGUACCUACAGAAACUCAGCAAGACCUCUGUCCCUGAGGGGAUCAUUCAGUUUAUCAAGCUGUGUACUGUUAGCUAUGGGAAGGUGAAGAUGGUUCUGAAACACAAUAGGUACUUUGUGGAGAGCGCUUUCCCAGAGGUGAUUCAGAGGCUGCUGCAGGACAGUGUUAUCCGCAACUCCAGGCUGAGGAAUGCAGAGGGAGAAGAGACUGAACUUAUCACAGAGACCUUCUCCAGCAAGUCUGCAAUUUCCAAAUCCGUCCAGGGGAGCGGGGCUCCCUCAACCUCCCAGGGUGUUGAGGACAAGCAGGGCAGCUCAGAGGUGCCGGAGGACAUCUUCAGCUACUAUGAGCAGAUGGACAAAGAAGAGGAGGAAGAGGAAGAAACGCAGACUGUGUCUUUUGAAAUCAGACAGGAGAUGAUUGAGGAGGUUCAGAAGCGCUGUAUCCAGCUAGAGUACCCCCUGCUGGCGGAGUAUGACUUCCGCAACGACACUGUCAACCCCGACAUCAACAUCGACCUGAAACCCACCGCAGUACUGCGGCCCUACCAGGAGAAGAGCCUGCGGAAGAUGUUUGGGAAUGGGCGUGCCAGGUCAGGGGUCAUCGUCCUUCCCUGUGGUGCAGGGAAGUCUCUUGUCGGGGUGACUGCCGCCUGCACGGUGCGAAAGCGCUGCCUGGUCCUGGGGAACUCGUCUGUGUCGGUGGAGCAGUGGAAGGCCCAGUUCAAGAUGUGGUCCACCAUUGAUGACAGCCAGAUUUGUCGCUUCACCUCCGAUGCCAAGGACAAGCCCAUUGGCUGCUCGAUAGCCAUCAGCACCUACUCUAUGCUGGGGCACACCACCAAGAGAUCCUGGGAGGCAGAACGAGUCAUGGAGUGGCUCAGGAGUCAGGAGUGGGGGCUCAUCAUACUGGACGAGGUCCACACCAUUCCAGCCAAGAUGUUCAGACGAGUUCUUACAAUAGUGCAGGCUCACUGCAAGCUGGGCCUCACUGCCACUCUAGUCAGAGAGGACGAUAAGAUUGUGGAUCUCAAUUUCCUUAUCGGCCCCAAACUAUUUGAAGCCAACUGGAUGGAGCUGCAGAACAAUGGCUACAUUGCCAAGGUGCAGUGUGCAGAGGUGUGGUGCCCAAUGUCCCCCGAGUUUUUCCGUGAGUACGUGGCCAUCAAGUCGAGGAAGCGAAUCCUGCUGUACACCAUGAACCCCAACAAGUUCCGUGCCUGCCAGUUCCUGAUCCGCUUCCACGAGCGCCGCAACGACAAGAUCAUGGUCUUUGCCGACAACGUCUUUGCACUCAAAGAGUAUGCCAUUCGCCUCAACAAGCCCUAUAUAUAUGGACCCACCUCCCAGGGAGAGAGGAUGCAGAUCUUGCAGAACUUCAAGCACAACCCCAAGAUCAACACUAUUUUUAUAUCCAAGGUUGGUGACACAUCCUUUGAUCUACCUGAAGCAAACGUGUUGAUUCAGAUCUCAUCCCACGGUGGCUCUCGAAGACAGGAAGCCCAGAGACUGGGGAGAGUCCUCCGGGCCAAGAAAGGUAUGGUGGCAGAGGAGUACAACGCCUACUUCUACUCGCUGGUCUCGCAGGACACCCAGGAGAUGGCAUACUCGACCAAGAGGCAGCGCUUCCUGGUGGACCAAGGCUACAGCUUCAAGGUGAUCACUCGCAUGGCAGGGAUGGAAGAGGAUGAUCUGAUGUUCUCCUCUCGAGAUGAACAGCAGCAGCUCCUCCAGAAAGUCCUGGCUGCCUCUGAUCUGGACGCUGAGGAGGAGAUCGUGCAGGGAGAGUUCGGAGGAAAAUCCCUGGUUUAUCGGCGUCCUGGCACGAUGAGCUCCAUGUCUGGGGCUGACGACAAUGUUUACAUGGAAUACCACGCUUCUAGGAGCAGGGUGUCCUUUGGGAAAAACAUUCACCCGCUGUUCAAACGUUUCCGCAAAUAGACCACUGCCUUAUCGGCAUUGCUCUACUGAAUCGAUGGCAGUCAAAGUGAUCCCAACAGCCAAGAUCCGUGGUUGUGAUCUUUAGGCACAGUGGCUGGAUCGCUGCCUCAGCCCAGUAUUACAUAGUAUGUAGGAGGGAAUGUGGAGCAUUGACACAAUUCUUAACUAUUUGCACUAAAAAGGCAGUAGCCACCUUUUUAUACUGCAUACAGUCCUGCUUCACUCAAAGAAAAUAUUGUUUUGUUUAAUAAGGAAUAGGAUUAAAGUUGUUUUAGAAUGUGCCCAUUCUGCAAGAACCUUUUAGUAAUAGCAGUUUAAUUUAAGUAAUUGUAUUACUUUGCUCAAUAGUGACACAUUUUAUGUUAAUAUAAGCAGUUUGUAGAGGAGUAACCUAAUUUUCUAUUAAGUCUCAAAUUUUUUUUUUUUUUUUUUUUUCUCUAGCUGUUUAUCUCUGCUAUAGUUAACACAAAUUAUAUCACAAAAUGGUGGAGUGUAGAAAUUAUUCAAAUCAGGCCUCUGUUGUUGAUUCACUCAAAACAGUCAUUGACGAUUGGGCAGUAGGAGCUGGGGUCUGCUCCACUGCGCUGAAAUGGGGCGUAAAAAUAGAGAUUAUUUUCUUUGAUGUACACUUCAAACUCUGUAUUGCAAAUCUCUUGUAGAUUUGGUUACAUUUUCUUAAAAUGUAUAUAAAUAUUUGAACCUUGCCUUGUACACCUUGGUUAUAUGGUAUAGCAUUUCUUUUAUAAGUUAAAAGAUAAUCAAUAAAUAGUUUCUGGCUUGUUAAAUAAUAAAAUGACUUUUUUU